CGGCCCUGCCCAGAACAGACAGUUCCUCCUCGCCCUCCAAGAUGCCAGCAUCACCCGCUCCCUCCUCCCCGCCCUUCAAUCGCCCCAGCUCCAUCAACCGAGCCGCAAGUUCGCCCAACCGCACCGAAACCCCGAAAUCUCAUCUCGCCCCUCCCCACUAAAUCCCCCCUCGACCCCCGACGAACGUCACGAAACCCCCUGGCACCACCCAACGACCCUGGAAAUCCGAAAGGCAGCGACCUUGAGAGCGUGCACACACUCGCACUCCCACUCGAGCACUGGAACUAAACAGAUCUCUCGCUUCCUGCCGGUCCCUUUCUUCUCCCCCAUCCCGUGCCAAAAAGAAAAGCCAUGGAGGAAGUAGAAAAAGAAGACAUCCCGUGCCUGCAGAAAGCCCUCAUCGACCGCGAAUUCCCUGCCCUCAAAGGCCUGACGUAUCUGGACCACGCCGGGGCGACCCUCUACAGCCGGUCUCAGCUCUCGCUCGUCGUGGAGCAAUUAAACGCCGAGGUGUUCGGGAAUCCGCACAGCAGGAAUCCCAGCUCCAGGCUCGCGACGGAUCACGUCGAUCAAGUCCGUCACAAGGUUCUGGCCCAUUUCCGCACGAGCGCCGAGGAAUACUCCGUCGUCUUCACGUCGGGCGCCACGGGAGCGUGCAAACUGCUCGCCGAGUCGUUCAACUGGGAGAGCGAUGGGACGUUUGCCUACCUGGAAGAGAAUCACACGUCGGUGUUCGGGAUGAGGGAGAUCGCACGGGCGAGGAACGCGCGCUUGGCAGCACUGUCUUACGAGGAGGUUCGUCUGGCAACACUGUCGCACGAUGUGGGAGGCGAGCGGGGAUCCGCCGAUUCGCUGUUCGCCUACCCGGCCCAGUGCAACUUCUCCGGGUUCAAGUACCCGUUGGAUUGGGUGGAGCGGGUGCGAGGGAACGCGCUGGACGUGGCGGUCGGGGGUCGAGGGAGGUGGUACGUCCUCCUGGACGCGGCGGCCCUCGUCGCCACGAGUCCCCUGGACCUCGCAGAGACGAAGCCCGACUUCGUCUGCGUCUCGUUCUACAAGAUGUUCGGGUAUCCCACGGGGAUCGGGGCGCUGCUGGUGCGGCGGGGCGCGGAGGAGGCGCUGUGCAAGGAAUACUUCGGGGGUGGGACCGUCCUCGUGGCUCUUCCAAGGCAGGGAUUCCACGUCCCGAGGCCGGUCCUCCACGACAGGGUGGAGGACGGAACCAUCAAUUUCCAGGGGAUCCUGGCCGUCGCGCACGGCCUGGAGACGCUGGAGAGGCUGGGGGGCGGGAUGGACGAGAUCGGCGGGAGGACGCACGGCCUCGCCCGGUACGCGGUCGAGCGGCUGGGGGCGUUGCGGCACGGGAACGGGAAGCCGGUCGCCGUCGUGUACGGACGGGGGGACUUUGCGAGGCGGGAGACGCAGGGGGGGACGGUCGGAUUCAAUCUCGUGCGGGGUGAUGGGUCCUUUGUCGGCUUUGCGGAGGUGGAGAAGUUUUCCGAGUUGUUCAACAUCCACCUGAGAACUGGAUGCUUCUGUAAUCCAGGUGCUUGUCUUCAUUAUUUGGGACUGAGCGAGGAGGACAUGAAGAAACAUUAUGCGGCCGGUCACGUGUGCGGAGACGACCUCGACCUCGUCGAGGGUCGACCCACGGGGUCGGUUCGCAUCUCCUUCGGUUACAUGUCGACGAAGCGAGACGCCGACUCCUUCCUCCGGAUGAUCGAGGAAUGCUUCUGCGAAUCGGAAUCCCCCGCGCCCAGCAUCCCCCGAGAGAUCUCGUCUCGGUCCGACCCGGGUCGAAUCUCCCUGACCGACGUCUUCGUCUACCCCGUGAAGUCCUGCGGGGGCGUGGCGGCGAGGGACUGGCCCCUGACCGGGACCGGACUCGCCUACGACCGAACUUGGAUGGUCGUCACGUCCGCUGGCGUCCCCUUGACUCAGAAGCGGGAGAUUCGACUGUGCGCCCUGCAGCCGAGGGUGGAUUUCGGGACGAACCGACUCGUCCUCGCGUUUCCAGGUCACCCGGACGCGACAGUCCCCCUCGACCCGAACGCGACCCAGCCGACCGAGAAGAAAGACGCUCGCACGAGCAAAGUCUGUGGAGAUCUCGUGUCGACCCUCGACUGCGGCGAUGAGGCGGCCGAGUGGCUCUCCCGCGUCUUCGGUCGAGACGACCUCCGACUCCACCGACAGAACCCGGUCGCAUCGAGGAAGAAAAACGCACGGGAGGUGUCUCUGGCCAACGACUCCCAGUAUCUGUUGGUGUCCCGGGCGAGCGUGAGGGAUGUUUUGGGCCGCUUGAGGGAAAAGGGAGUCGAUAUCGAGGAGGACCGAUUAGUCGCCCGAUUCAGACCGAACUUAGUCGUCGAUGGAGACGGUGAAACGCUUGCUCCCUUCGCAGAAGAUGCCUGGGAAUCUCUCGGGAUCGGAUCCUCGUCGUUUAAAUGCCAUGGCUUGUGUUCCCGGUGUCAGAUGGUAUGUAUCGACCAAGAAACAGGAGAGAAGACCAAAGAACCCCUUGCGACACUCUCUGGAUUUAGAGGUGCCAAGGCUUCGUUUGGAAUUUAUCUGAGUCGAACAAGCGGAAAACGGUUAUGCGUCGGAGAUUCCGUACUCUCUGGGUCUUUCGGAACACAGUGAUAUCUCCAGUGAACUGAAACUCCAUGUUUUUUAUGUCUCUUUUCAACGAAUAUGAUGAAACAUGCAAUUCUCAAACUAGUUCGGUUUCCUUGUCCAUCGACGGUAGAAACAACAAGAUGUCGCGAGAUACGAAAGAGGGUUUUGUACUUCUUUAUUAUCACAAUUUCCUUGAAGGCAGCAGAGAAUUAAAUCCACCUCUUCAAUGAGUCUUGUCAAUUGGAUCAGUCAAACAGAACACAAAACUAGUAAGAGCAUCACCUGAGAGCAAGAAGAACUAAGGAGAGAUCAAGAUGGAGAAAAAAUAGGAGGCGACAGGGUGCGAAGCGGAGG